AUGACAGAACAAGUAAAGUUAUAUAGGAGUUACGCUCGUUUUGUUAAGCGUUUGCUUCUUCUUGGUGGAAUAUGGCCGAUGAUAGAAAAAGAAAGUUCAUAUUUUUAUCGUCGCUUGCCAAUUUUUGCAGUAUCAUCGGGGGUCAUGAUGCUUUUCGGUGUAUUGCGAUUCUGUCAAGAUAAUAUAGGAAAUUURAGCKUAYUCACUAAGGGUCUAAGUCUCAUAGGAAGUUUUUCAUUAAUAUCGUUGAAGGCUCUGAUGUUUAUUAUAUAUAGAAAGCARCUUUGUGAACUGAAUGAUAUCCUUGAWCCAAUGUUCGAGAAAACGCUUGAAAAUCCACGRCUUAGACCUAUACUUUUGUCCCUAUUGAAUCUCUUUCGUUUUUUGUCUUAUGUCUUUUACCUUUUGAUUAUGGGUAUAGUCACAUUAUACGUCUGUACUCCGCUGAUAUUCAUAGGAUACGAAGCUAUCAAGGAWAUAUAUCCWAGACGUUACGGUCUUCCAUAUCCAACRARUUUUCCAUGGAUCGAUGGGACUCCUGGAAUAUAUUAUCACAUACAAUAUAUUUUCGAAACRCAAUAUASUUGGUUCRUCGUAUUUAUAACGAGCGGSGUUGAUUCYUUAUUCGKWUUUCAUAUUUUCCAAAUAGUUGGAUUAUUUCGGGCGUUAUCUUAUGAAUGCGAAUAUUUCACGAAAUCUAAUCCUAACRAUUUACACKRCGUUGUUUACAAUUGUAUUAAAAAACAUAUUCAACUUUUACGAUGUCGCGAUAUCAUUCAAACUGUUUACGGACCGAUCGUAUUCAACUUGRUAUUAACWARUGCGAURGUUUUAUGCGCCUUAUCCUUCCAAAUAUUUAAGGUAACAUUUUUUUGCRAUUAWYAUGUUUWCUUAAAAACAAUUACAGAAAUGACGAUAUYGAAAACASUUUUAUUCAUUGYUUAUGGCGUUCAGAAAACAAYRCAAACUUUUAUAUACGCGUGGUGUGGAAGUACCAUUAUAUCAGAGGCUGAAGACUUUCGCAGGAGGAUUUAUUCUUGCAGAUGGUACGCAUGCAAUAAUGUAUCUAUCUUGAAAGGGAUUCUAAUUGUAUUAACACAAAAACCAAUGGUAUUGKUAGCAUGUCAUUUCUUUUUUAUCUCAUUGGAUAUGUUUAUUAAGGUAGAAGUAGUAAUUUCGAAUUUAUAAUUAAGAUAGAUUAUAAAACAAAAAGUUUUUAAGAUUAAAUAUAUAUA